CCCCCCCUUCUGACUCUCUCUCUCUCUCUCUUUGCCAAAUGUAUUUUAUUUUUAUCAACUGCUAUAUUGUUGUCAUAGCAGAGGGCACAUUAUGUCGAUAUAACAAAGAGACACAUGUCAGCAUAGUCAUAUUUAUUCUGUUUUCACUGCCUCGACUUACAGAAAAACAAUCAAUUAUGUGUAAAGAUGAACGCAUCUCAAGCAUUCAGUCGAUUUAUGCUGUUGUUCAACAAGCUCAACAACAACAACAACAAGCAGUUGAUGUUCUCAUUAAAUAUGUGAAACAACAAACUGUUAUAAACGAAAAAUUAAAGAAUUUAAUGUUAAGAAUGGAACACCAUAUGGUGGAACAAAACUCGUUAAUGAAACAGAUGAUAAAUGACAAUGCUGAAUAUCGUGCAAUAUCAAGCAAAUAA